AUGCACUCCCUCAUCAUGCCGUCGUCACUCACCGAUUCAAGGUGUACGGCCGUCAGCUCCGUCGGUGCUUGUUACUCAACCGACUACAACGCUCACGUUGAUUAUUUACGCUCGUUCCGAUCUCUCGCCACCCGGAAUGCCUCCACCACAACGCGGCCUCUUGGCAGGCAUUUUCGAGUCAAGUGUAACCCUCGGCAGCGCCGUAAGGAAUGCGUGAACGCGUAUUCACUCGCGUAUUGGGUGCCUGUUCCGGAAAUUCCGGAAACCGGCGAAAGUUAUCAGGUGAAAACGCCAUGA